GGUGUGUGCCAGGCGUGCAGGAAAUGUGCCUGGUCCUACAUAAUUGCUGACAUGGCACAGCCAACAGGCGCUUAACAUGGUCACUCAGUCCCUCGUUGGAUUCCAUCAUGUCGGGUUAAUCCUGGGUAUUUAUAUCCAUCCAGCCAGGUUCCCCUCUUUUCACCCCCUGAGUACAUGGGGAGAUUUAUUUACUUCCCAGCUCUCGAAUUCUUGGAAUGUUUUCUUUCAUCCAUCUUCAUCUCUAUCUUCAAAUCAUUCUCUUUCCAUUCCUCAUCAUGGUCGCCAUCCGUCUACCUCGCCCAGCUGGCGUGUACCUCCCAAACUCCCCCCCCCGCAGCGUUACCUCCGAUAUGAUUUCAUCCCCCUUGUCUGCCGGCUUCAACUUCGACUCGGCGAUCCUGACGCCCUCCAGCCUCCCUGCCCUGGAAUACAUCUCCUCCAAACUGCAACAGAAGAUGAUGCAUGUCACCCUGGUGGUGGGACGCGGAAAGCCCUAUCCCACUGGCCAACCAUCCGAUCUCAUUGUCAUCCCCUCCACCCCACUCGACCAGUCGGAAUGGCGCCUUCUGUCCCGCACCAUGGCCAAAGCCGCCCUGAAGUUCUCCCUCGGCCAAAGCUGGACCAAUGCCCUCAACCGGAGCCAGUACGAACGACAAGCCAACGACUAUCUGAUCCAGCAAUCUAUCCUGCAAAAUGAGGUUGUCUUCAGCCGGGAAGGCCUGACGCUCCUCAAUGUGGAUCGAAUCUACACCUUCAAGCGCCGACUGUGCAUCCUGUCGGGCAAGACCGCCCCCCUCAAGGAGUCCUACAUGACCUCCUGCCUGCGACUACUUCACCGGACCAUCCAAGACGUCCACGGCCGCCCAUUCAGCAAGGCCUUCUUCCACCGCAUCUAUGAGCAGCUCGACGUGCGAGACGAACUCCUCGCCCAGGUCGCCGACGCGUAUAAAAAGCAGUACGGCCAGGAUGGGAUUGUCCUGCCCCCGCCGCAGCCCAAAGUCAAGGUUAUGCCCGAGCCGACCGAGCGCAAGUCCCCGCUGCGCCCGAUGCGCGUGCGAAAGCAACCGGCAGCGCCACGCUCCGCCACCGUGCCCACCAAGCGGGGGCCCAAGACUCCGCUGUCUGCCUCCGAUGUCACUCCGAUUACGCGAGAGGAAUGGAACCAUGUCGUUGGACCUGAUUUCCACCAGUCCAAACCAACGGUCACCAAAUGGACCCCCUCUCCCAUUGCACUGGCCGUGGCAUGAGUGGUGGAACCAUCCCGUACGCGUGGUUAAAUUACCAGGCCUUUUUUUUUUUUUUUUUAAUGAGUAGACCUCACGAUCAGAUUCGAGAUCGAGCGACGGGCUCGCGAAUCCUGAUAUCAUACCUAGCGGGGCUUCCGGCCCACGCGCUCCCGCUCGAGCUUCAAGCUCCCAUGUCCGGCUCUAUCUACACCACGUGUGAGACUAGAAGAGACCGGGAUGCACAGGACGGGAUCGAGCAGUGAUCAACCUGAUCAACUGCGUAAGUCUCGGGUUAACUCCAGUGCUCUCGGGGACCAACCCUGAGAGCAACGGAAUGAUGAUGUAUACGACGCUAUGAACAUGUGAAUAACCUUUCUAGACCUGUAUAUAAUAAUAUCCAAAUCUUACAGAGUACAUAUUUGUG